AUGUCCACCAUCACCGCGGUCGCAUCGCAAGCACCAUGCGAAACCGACAGCAUUGGUUUGCUGUCUGGCAUUCUAGAGUGGUGGUUCGCCGGUGGUCACCCGGCCUUGUACCAAAUGGUAAGGAUACUGAGGUGCAUGAAGUACCAAGCCAGUAGCGAUUUUUGCCCGUACCAGCCAGUCGACGCAGAUCCAGUAUUCGCCGCUGUCAGCAAGAAGCACGUUCUUCUGUGCCGGUUGACGGCCAACGACGACACCCAACCAUAUACCAUCAUCAAGGUCAUUCGCGAUGACGAUGACAAGGAGACAGGCAAGCCAUACCUGUGCCUCAGUGGUGAGGAUGCCAAAAUCAAGAUUUACGAUGUCACUGAAGGCACGCUCGUCAACGUUCUAGUCGGCCAUGGAGGCGAUAUCAACGACAUGGUCACUUCGCCGAUCAACCCUCUCGUCAUUGCAACCGCUUCAGAUGACACGACCAUCCGCAUCUGGAGUUUAGACCCCGACCAUAAGGAUAUGCCAUGCCGCUGUAUCCUGGGUGGCGAGGGUCACCAAUGGAGUUUGCUGACUCUGGCGUUCCACGACAGCGGACGUUACAUGCUCUCCGCGGGGCAUGAUCAGAUUGUGAAUCUAUCCAUAGCGGUGUCGUCGACUGGCUUCUCUUCCAACGACCCACCGCCACCUCCUGAGUCGGCCCCUACUACCAUAAACCCUGAGAUGCUGACGCGGUCCGCCUUCACCAAAGACUCGCCUGACCAGCACGCCUCCCAUUCCCAGUACACCCGCCUCCUCACCUUCUUCACGCCCGGAUCUGGUAACAUGUUCUUCAUGCGCUUCAAGCUCCACCAUAUGCCCGGCCACCACCCAGUGCUCGCGUUCUGCAAUGCUAACAGCAAGAUAUUCUUCUGGGACCUGGCCCGCAUUACGAGCUACCACGACUGGACUCGAGGACUCAUACGCGCCAACGGCGACCGAGCCCUCAUGCCCGAACGCCCGGCCUGGCUGACACCCAUUGUGCAUCGCGCCAGACCGGAGGGUAAACAGAAGCCUGAGCUUACGGUUCGCGAGCGUAAGGCUGCCGACGCGCCACCCAAAGGUAUCGAGCUCAUCCCCGGCAUGGCCGAGUUGUACAGCAAGGAGACGCUGCAGUCGUGGGACGGAAACAUCAACCUCGGCCUCAUCCUGCAGCGGUGGGCGCCGGCGUGA